AUGGGAAAUUCUAAAUCGAGGAAUGUCUUUUUUGCAAAGAACAAUAUUUUCCGGUCUCACCUGGCCACUCAUAAGAGCGACGCCAGACGACAGUUCUCUGAUAUGAUGGAGGGGUUCCCAAAUCACGGAAACCCUAAGCCACUUCAAGUUGGGUUUCCAGAGGGUACCCAUAGGCACCAUCCGGCCAAACCUGUCGACACCACCAUCUCCGCACCCAUCAGCACCACCACCACAGCGCAGCAAUCCGCAAACGACCCCGACCAACAGCAACAACCUCUCAAUCCCCCCCACCCAAACUCAAUAACACACCUCAUCAAAUUCACCGCAUCAUUCACAAGUACCGCCUCGCGCCCCGCGAAAGAACAAAACCACUAUGAAACCCUCAGUCUACCCGUAACAGCCACCGCAGAUGAGAUAAAGAAAAAAUUCUACGCCCUCUCCCUAAAACACCACCCAGACCGCAACCGCUCAGACCCAUCCUCCAGCCAACGCUUCGCCCGACUAAGCGCCGCCUACAACGUCCUAGGAAACACCUCGAAGCGCCAAUCCUACGAUCGAGACCAUGGCUUUCAUCACACGCAGCACGCUCAUCGACACCCCACCACACCCGCCGGGAGUCAUAGUAGCCACAGCGCCCAUGCACAUCACUCGAGUGGGGGUAGUUAUGCCGGUUCAAGACCUGCCAGUGGUCUGAGUAAACGGCGGGGAACGUUUACGGGGCCGCCGCCGAGUUUCUAUGCGAAUGGGGGGUAUGGGCGGACUGGGCGGACGGCGAGUGAGGGGGGUUUUGAGGGUGCGUUUGGAUUUGGGGGUAGUGGCGGUGCUGGUGGUGCUGGUGGUGGUGCGGGAUCUGGAAAUGAGUGGGCUGAUUUUACGGCUGAACAUAAACGGGGGAGGGGAGGUUGA